AUGAGUGGCAGCGGUGACUGGUUUCAGGGUGCUGGAAUGCCCACCUUUGACCCCAUACAAAAGAAGACUUUGCCAGCUCAGGCUCCUAGGCAGCCAGCUUUAGAGAAGCUUUCUCCAUCGGUGACUGUAAGGCCAAAACUUCCACCUUUUGAGGGGUGCAGUGUACCAAAGGUGACACAACAUCCAGAACCUUGUCUUUUGAAAGCAGACCGUGCACCCCAGUUAUCAGCACUUACCCCAAAUAAAAACCUAAAGGAGUUUAUUGCAAGAUAUGAACAGGGAGUAAUAAACCCAGUAUCUGCCUUGCAUCAGUUUGCACAAAUGCACCAUGUUCCACUUGAACUGAAAGAAUCUAGAAUUGCAGGCGAUAUGAUAAGGCCUUAUUUUGCCUUUUGUGCUGUGGUGGAUGGCGUUUGCUACAAGACUGGACUGGGAAAAAAUAAGAAGGAGUCUAAAUUAAAUGCAGCUAAACUGGCUCUCGAUGAGCUACUUAACUUGGAGCAUACAGGGGAAAAGGCUUCUAAAAAGUCAGGUUCUGCCUGUGCUCUUCCUGAGCCCCAAACUCCAACCAACUCUUUUCCUGUUUCAAGGCUCUGCUUUGAAGGAAGACAGCUUACCUAUCAAAAACUUUCACAAAUGCUUGAAGAAGUAUUUCACAGCCUGACUACCAGACAUCCUGAGUACCAAAGUUGUGGCAGUUCACUGGCUGCCUUCAUCGUUGAAAAAGGUGGACAGCAUGAAGUUGUAGCUCUAGGAACAGGAGAAUGUAAUUACAGUCAGUGCUUCCAGCCUUGUGGACGAGUGUUGCAUGACAGCCACGCCAUUGUUAUUGCAAGACGUUCUCUGCUUAGAUAUUUUUAUAGAAAUCUUUUGCUGUUCUAUAAUGAAAAUCCAUCGAGGAAAGAGAAAUCCAUAUUUUGCAUGUCACCAGCCUCAAAGCUGCUUACCCUAAAGCAAAAUACAACUAUCUUUCUCUACAUGAAUCAGCUUCCAAAAGGCACUGCUCAGUUGAAAUCAGAAGUGCAUCUCAAUCCACAAUCCAUAUCUGCUUACGAAACUAGUGAAGAACUGAGUCUCCAUGUUGCUGUAGAAGGCAAGGUUUACCUGACUGCCUGUUGUCCACCAAAGUCUGUUCGAGUCAGCAGUAUGUCAGCUAGUGACAAAUUAACAAAAUGGGAAGUGGUUGGUAUUCAGGGAGCGUUGCUGAGUCACUUCAUUGAACCAGUGUAUAUCAACAGUAUUCUUGUAGGAAAUGGAAAUUGCAAGGAUAUAAGAGGGCUAAAAAUAGCUAUAAAACAGCGUGUUAAUGAUGAACUUACAUCAAAGCUUCCCAUACCUUACCUGGUCAACAGAUCUCAUACUUACUUGGUGAAUGCUGCAUACCCAGUUCAAACAGACUUUCAACAGGUGUCUCUUAGUUUGAAUUGGUCAUUGUCAGAUGCAUCCCUGGAGGUUGUGGAUGGGUUAACUGGCAAAACUGCUGAAAGCUCACCGUUCAAAAGUGGCGUUAACAUGGCCAGUCGCCUUUGCAAGGCGGCGAUGUUCAGUCGUUUCAGAUUGCUUGCUAAAGAAGCUGAACGGAAUGAUUUGCUUCAGGUUGCAACGUACCAUGAAGCUAAGAUUCAAUCUGAAUUGUACCAAGAAGCUAAAAACUUGCUGCAAAGCUACUUAGAGCAGCAUAGUUAUGGAUCCUGGAUUGUGAAGCCUACCCAUUUUGAACAGUUCAGUGAGUGA